CAUCAGAAUCAUUUCAACUCCAUAAGAAACACCACACCACACCACACACCACAACACAAAACCAAACCAAAGACACACAUUCUCUCUGAUGCGUUUCCACAAAAGCACAACCUUUUAACUGUUUUUCCUUUUCUCCUUAUUUUCUUCUCUCAAUCCUAGAAUGUCAUCGUCGGAGUUUUUCGCCGGAGGCAGUGGCUUCUCUGGCAGAUCCACCAUGAACAACCCCAACGCGGCUCCUUCCUCUGCCACCUCCAACCUCCACCCUCUCUACCGAACCCAGCAGAACCUCCCUGCAAUGUUUCUAGAUCCUUCCUCGCAGAUCGCACAACACCAAACACCAACCUUCUUAGGUAGCAAACGCUCCCACACCGAAUUCCAAACCUACAACCAAACCAACAACAACCACAACCACAACCACAACCACGUUCUCUCGAACUUCCUGCUUCGUUCUGUUAAGCCCCGAACCUCUUUCUCCCAUAGCUCCCCUCUCUCACCCAUGGAUUUUCCUAUUCCCGAAUUACAACAUCAAAGCCAAAACCAAAAUCCUUCAGUUUACCACCACCAAACGCCGCGUUUUGGUGUUCCCUUACUCCACCAGCUCCGCCCUCAGCCCAUUAACCUCCCCAACAACGGGCCCGGACACAUGAAUGGCCCAAAUUUGGGUUACCGAAACUCGAAUUUAGGUUUACCGCAGAACCGGGUUAACCUUUCUGUUCCUGGACCGGUUCACCGGAGUGAGCCGGAGAAGAUCAUGGACCACCGGCUUCAGGAAUUGGAGAAGCAGCUUCUGGAAGACAACGAUGAAGAAGGAGAAGCCGAUGCUGCCUCCGUGAUAACCACCAGCGAGUGGUCGGAGACUUAUCAGAAUUUAAUCAGUCCCGGUCCCGGUCCGGUUCAGAAACCGGUUCCCACGACGACGUCGCCGACUUCUUCCACCACGUCGUCUACAUCAUCGUCUACUUCUGUUGCUUCGCCUGCCUCGGGAUGCUCCAAACAGACGCUAAUGGACGCCGCAUAUGCAAUUGUUGAAGGAAAACACGAUGUGGCUAUGGAGAUCCUGAACCGUUUCAAUGGUUCUCUGAACCGUUCUGAUAGGUUGACCGAUUGCAUGGUUUCAGCCUUGAAAUCAAGGAUGAAUCCGGUGGAAUAUCCUCCACCGGUGGCUGACCUUUUCGCCAGAGAACACACCGAGUCGACUCAGCUGCUUCUGGAAAACUCGGUUUGCUUCAAGGUAGGGUUCAUGGCUGCGAAUCUCGCGAUCCUCGAAGCCGCAUUUGAGGAGAAAACAGACAACAGGUUCUGCGUGGUGGAUUUCGAGAUUGGACAGGGAAUGCAAUACAUGCAUCUCCUCAGCGCGGUUCCUGCCGGCGCCACGGUGAAGAUCGUGGCGGUGGCGGAGAAAGGCGGCGAGGAGAGAGUCCUCGCGGUGGGGGAGAUGCUGAGCCGGCAUGCGGAGCGGCUGAGGAUUGGAUUCGAGUUUAAACUCAUCGCAACUCAGAAACUCGCCGAGUUGACUCGCGAGUCCUUGGGAUGUGACGCGGACGAGGUUCUCGCGGUGAACUUGGCGUACAAGCUGAACAGGAUUCCCGACGAAAGCGUCUCCACUGAGAAUCCUCGUGACGAGCUUCUUCGGCGCGUGAAGCGACUCGCCCCGCGCGUGGUGACUGUGGUGGAGCAGGAAAUGAACGCUAACACAGCGCCGUUUUUGGUGCGCGUGGCGGAAACGCUUUCUUACUACGGCGCGUUGUUGGAAUCCAUUGACAACAACCCUGACAGAGUCAAGGUCGAGGAAGGACUGAGUCGUAAACUGUGUAACUCGGUGGCGUGUGAGGGAAGGGACCGGGUGGAGCGUUGCGAGGUUUUCGGGAAAUGGCGCGCGCGUAUGAGCAUGGCGGGGUUUCAGCUGAAGCCACUGAGUCAAACCAUUGCCGAGUCAAUUAAAUUGCAACUCGCUUCGGGUAACACCCGUGUCAACUCGGCACUCACCGUGAAGGAAGAGAAUGGUGGGAUUUGCUUUGGUUGGAUGGGAAGAACACUCACAGUCGCAUCAGCGUGGCGUUAACUUGUCUCACUUUUUUUUUUUUUUUGUUUUUUUU